AUGCCAAGCCCACGCACAAGACAAGGCGAAGAGUGCGGGGUGAUUUAUGCGCAACAUCAGGACCAGGAAGAUCUUGACAGCAUCGCUUCAUCCACCGUCCUCCCGUUCAACCUACCACCGACCUUUUGUGCCCAGAGUUCACCCGUGGCAGAUGUUCACGAACCAAUUGCUACCACUAAUAGUCCUCGCGCCAACCUUGCUCAAACUGUGAACGAUAACGCCCCUCCACUGGCUCCAGCGGAGCGACUCAGCUACAAGAAUCGGCCGCCAAGAGCUCUGCACCUGACGCCUUGUACAUUCGAAGAAUAUCUCACGUUAGGUUGCGAUAGCGACCAUCGUUACGAACUUGUGGACGGUCUGCUCGUGUGGUGCCCUCCGAUGGCUGAUGAAGAACAUGGUCAACUCAUCACUUUUCUCGACCGAAUCUUGGAGUACCUCCCUGCGGACUACAAGCCUCAAAUUCAGCAUAACACGCAAAGAGGUGUGCGUAUCAUUUCGAAGAGGAGCACAAAGUGUGAGUAUCAAGUUGAUUCUUCGUCUGCCUUGCCCUCACCAGACACAGAAGACUCAUCAGGUGAACAGGAGGAGGCUACCUCGCGUCUUCCCUCUUCGCCGCAUCCGGUCAUGCUUAUUGAGGUCACAAGUAACAACCGUCGCACUGAUCUAGGUAUAAAGCGAAAUGAGUAUGAACAAGAGGGAGUGAAGGAAUUUGUCGUUGUAGAUCGGCAAAAGAAUGUCAAGAAUUGGUCUCCGUGCGUAACUGUAUUCACGCUCAACAGACGAAAAAAGUAUAUCGCGAAAACAUACAAAGGUAAAGAGAAGGUAAACUGUUCGUUUUUCGACCAUUUCAAGCUAACUGCAGCUCAGAUGCUCGAUUAUAAGUUCCUGCGGAAAUUUCAUCAAGAAGAGAAGCAUAGGAAGGACACUGCUGAAUGUAGGGCGGAACAAGCUGAAUGUAGGGCGGAACAAGCUGAAUGUAAGGCGGAACAAGCUGAAUGUAGGGCGGAACAAGCUGAACGUGAGAUUGAAGAUCUGAAGCGGCAGUUAAAGUAUGCCAGACACAAGAAUGGCAAUGUCACUAAAGCAAACGUCUUAACUGAUGACGAAGGAAACGACUCGGGUGAGAGCGCCAAAAGAAAAAGAAUCACUAGCCGAAGAGCGCGGCCGCCAACAAGACUCACGAUAUCUAUGCGUAAUCUAGGCGAUUCUGGUACAGGCAGUCCGAAAUCGCCGGCGUCUCUGCCUCACAAGACGAUGAAGAGGAGGGUAGUCGAAGUUGGAUCGCCCUCGGUGAGAAAAAAGCGCAACUCACUACAGCCUCGCACUGGAAGGCGAAAUACUUGCCGACAGGCUUCUGGCAAAGAAUAACUGGCCCUCCAACGGAUCGUUAAGGUGCGGAGACUUGGGUUCCACUUCUUGUCUUGAAGCCAGACUUGCUGGUUAGAUUAUACGGUUGCAGUUUCUGCGAGGUGAACUCAGUUGACCCUUUUCUUUCGGGCACCAACCCGGAUGCUGGCAUAUCCAAGUUUCAAGGUUUCUGCAGCAACAAGCCACAUUUACGGAGAUUAUCCGGCCAUUGCUAGGAUUCCACUCCAAUAGUUUCGCUUAGACGACCCUUGUGAAAAAAUGACGUAGAUUCCCUAACCGCUAACCCCCUAAUCCCCCUCGGCAUAGAACUCCUCACCAUCGCUGCGGACGGCUCCGUCCGCGCCACGCCGCAGCUCGUGCGCACCUUCGGCGUUAACGGUACCUUACUACCCCGACGGAAGCACAGUGAUCACGCACGACAACGAUAUGCCAAGUCUGGCAUGGAACCACUUUCAAGUCCAUGAUAAUUUCGCAUUUCCUGAUUAGUCCUGCGACAGUUGUUGCCCUCCCCCCCCCCCCCCCUUCAAAAAAAAAGGAUCGCUCGGUAUCUAACCCCCGCAAUAGACGUCAAAACAACCACCAACUGACUGAGAGCCCGAGCCAUGAAGCACCGAAAAUUAAACCGGAAACAUCCAUAUGCGCAA